CGCCUGUUGAUCGAAGUGAAUUAGUGAGGAACGAAGAGACGAAUCUAAAGCGAUUAUGAGCGCUUUAUUGGGUUUGGGACUCGUGACAUUUGUCUUGGCGAUAGUUCUGUUAAUAAUCAAACAUUUCUACUGGACUGGGCGGUUGAAAAAUGUCAAGAACAAGCACAUUGUGAAUUGGCGGAUAAAAACUUCCUGCUCAAAAAACGAAAGAGAGAACGUAGCGCGUUAGUCAGCAAUUGAAUCACAACUAACACAAAAACGGGACAGAAGCAUCUUAAGUAUAAAGAGAAUAGAAGUAUAAAACCGAAGAAACGAAAGUAAAGGAAAUAUGCACAAAAGUAAAGGAGAUGAGAAGGGACAGAAUUAAGGCUCGUGAAAGAAGGGAAACAAAGGUGACAGGUGGUUCCAGCGGUAUCGGGAAACACGUAGCGAUCAUCGCCGCCAAACAUGGAGCGAACGUGACCAUAAUCGCCAGGGACGUAGUCAAGUUGGAGGUCGCCCGUAAGGAGAUACUGAACUCCCGCACAAAUAAAGACGAACAAAUGGUGGAGUACCUGUCGUUGGACAUUGGCGGGAACUACGAGAACGUCGACAAGGCGUUGGCCGAUCUCGAGAAGACUAUGGGGCCAAUUUAUAUGCUCAUCAACUGCGCCGGGUUCGCGACCCCCGGCAAGAUCGAGGACACUUCGAUCCAAAACCUGCACGAGAUGAUCAAUGUGAAUCUCGUCGGCACGUAUUACUGCAUCAAGGCGGUGGUGCAGCGAAUGAAGACCGCCGGAGAAGGAGCGAUCGUGAUCACGGCUUCUCAGGCUUCUCUUCUGGGCAUCUACGGUUUGUCGGCUUACAGCAGCACGAAAUUCGCGCUUCGCGGCUUAGCGGAAAGCCUGACGAUGGAAUUGCGGCCGUACAACAUCUCCGUGACCCUGAGCUUGCCACCGGACACGGACACGCCGGGGUACGCGACGGAACAGCAGAUAAAACCGCUGGAGACGCAUCUCAUCUCGCAAACGGCGGGCUUGGCCGAUCCCGCAGUAGUCGCGGAGAAGUUGUUCAAGGAUGCGCGGGCGGGGAAAUUCUUCUCCACUGUGGGUCAAGAAGGCUUCAUCCUGACUACGCUGUGCGCCGGAAUGUCGCCGUUCACGUCGAUCAGCGAGCUGCUGCUGCAGGCGUCGCUGAUGGGCCUGAUGCGACUCGUCAGCGCGUUCUAUCUCGUCUCCUUCCAGAGGAUCAUCCUCAACUGCAUGAAGACGCGCGACAAAAACAAAAAGCUCGAGUGAACGCGCUCGCUCACCAUCGCUGAAAACCUGUGAUGCCCACGCACGUCGUGGAGUGGCUCGACGGGAUGUCGCGUCUUCCCAGUCGACGCAUUUAAUACGAUUCCGUUUAACGUUCGUUCCUUUUCGUUUCUCUUUUUCUUCCAACACGAUUCUCUGUGUAAUAAUGGUAUUUUGUAUACGGACGUUUGUUUGCCGGUCUCACGUUGUCCUCUUGAGCUCUCGACGGAAUCCCUCGUCUGCGUCUAACAUGUAACGUAACAUGUAACAUAACACGUCGAAGAGAGUCUCCCGAGACGAGAGAAUAAAACUCGCUGUACUCUUAA